GUAGUCACGUAACCUUGUUUUCAAAGAUUGACACCCUGAAACAGGUAGAAAGGAGUGAAUGUGUCCAAGUGACUGGAAUGUUGAUCACAAACUAGUUGUGUUGAAGAGAUCGAUAUGGCACUGAGAGAGUUGAAAGUGUGUCUUCUUGGGGAAACUGGGGUUGGAAAGUCAAGUAUUGUUUGGCGGUUUGUGGAAGACAGUUUUGACCCAAACAUCAAUCCAACAAUUGGGGCGUCUUUUAUGACCAAGACAGUGCAAUACCAAAGUGAGCUUCACAAGUUCCUGAUCUGGGACACGGCAGGACAGGAGCGGUUCCGAGCUCUGGCACCAAUGUACUACCGAGGCUCAGCGGCAGCCAUUAUUGUUUACGACGUCACAAAAGAGGAGUCCUUCCAAACACUGAAGAACUGGGUGAAGGAGCUGCGGCAGCACGGCCCUCCCAACAUCGUGGUGGCCAUCGCGGGAAACAAAUGUGACCUCUCUGAUGCCAGGGAAGUCUCUGAGAAGGAUGCCAAGGACUAUGCCGAUUCUAUUCAUGCAAUCUUUGUUGAAACCAGUGCCAAGAAUGCCAUUAAUAUCAACGAGGUCUUCAGAGAGAUCAGUCAGCGCAUCCCUGUCCUAGAAGCUGCAGGAGCAACUUCAGGGAGAGGUUUCCAACUUGGACGCCAGGCAUCAGAGUCACGUAGAACCUGCUGCUGAUGAUGGCUGCAGCUUCUGGCCCAAACGUGACACCUCUCUGUGAUGGCUUUUAUGUCCCAUCAAGCCAAAGACAACCAUAUUCACUAACCCCCUAAUGCCAAUGGCUUAUUUACUUGCAACACAACACAACACAUCAGCAGGGGACAUUUUGUCGAUAUUGAGUGACGGGAUGGGGUUCCAUACAUUUACACAAAAUUUGCUUCAGUAAUAUGCAAUUUCUUUUGCAUUUUCUCUCAAAUGUAAACAUUAAUGGUUACAUGUUAAGCAGUUAUAAUGCAGCGUUUAAUAAUUGAAUCACUGAAUGGCUGCCCCCCCAAACUAUAUCGCUGAAUUAAACUUAUAUAUGCAUACAAAAUGCACAUCCCAGGGAUGCCUGAAAUUUUCCCUUCAUGGAUAUCAAACUGUGGACUUUAUUUGUUGUCAAUUUAACUCAGACGGUGCCAAACAGGAGUCCACAUAUAUUAGAAAUUUUUUAGAUAACUAGUAUCUGCCUUAUUGUUCAAUGAGUCAAGUCACUUUAAUUGAUGGACUACCUUUAUUGUGUUCCCCACCUUUUCGUUUUUAUACUGUCAACCUUAGGUUAGCGAAUGAAACGCUUCCUACCCUUUUUAAGUUUCCUGGCACACUAUUAGAGAGUUCUUCUCUACUAUGAAACGUGUUGGUUAUUUGUAUGCAUGUGGCUGGAAAUGGAUAACGAUUAUGGUUCCGAUGAAGGUACGGGUGUCUAAUGAACUCUUCACUAUUGUAUUUAAACUUUUUCAAUUUGCUCUAAACUUGGGCUAUGGACCAAACAUUGCAUACACAUCCACGUGCAGCAUGGUUGCCUUACUACUCAAUUGAAAUGCUUAACAUCACUGUUUUAGGCACCAUAGUGCCUAAAACAUAGUGGCACACCUAUGUUUAUCGUUCUGGUGUCACUUAGAAUGUCACUGAGAACAGACCAGCGCUCCCACAAGGUCCCUACUCUAAAAUGAAGGUAACAUAUUGUCAAUAAGUGUUGCUGUCAGCACUACUUGUCCUUUUAUAAUACUGAACUGGCAGGUUCCAAGUGUACCAUAUAACAGUUUUCAAUUGCUGACCAUUUCUGCAUUACGCAUGUUAUAGGGAAUCUGUCACCAGGAUUCUGUAUCAGAAAGACCCCGCAGAGCUAGGCGAGUACUGACAGUUGAUUUACGGUUUUAAACUAGCGUUUUUCUGGAACAUCAUGUUAACUAUUUUUGAUUUCUGGCCUGCCUUGUUGUUCUCAAUCUUUUUCUGAUAUGUUAAAAUGCAGUUCACUAAAGGGAACAAUUUUUUAAUUUUUUAUAAUCUUGCCAAAUUCUUUAACUAUCCCUUAAACAUGUUUAGUUUACAGAAUACAUAGUAGCCAACACUCCAAUAUAGUUUUAUGAAAUGGCCUAGGAUAAAUUGAAUAUUAUCAAGAAAUUUGAAAUGUUAGGAUGUCUAAAGCCUAAGCCAUUACCCUGACCCAUGGACUAAUUUGUGUUUUGCUUAGCCAUUGUGACGAGCAGCUUUCUCAUGUAUUAUUUUUAUUCUGAUAUUAUGCUUCUGAACACAUUCUGUGUAAGGGGUGGACGAUGAAUAACAAUAACUUGCCCACACAACCUAGACUUGGUAAUGUACCUUGUGGGUUGUCUCUUCCGUCUCUUAUUAACUAUUUUAUAUCUAAAAUGUUUUUUGAUGUGCUGUGUAAUGAGGAAAGCUACCUUUUUGUACAAGACGUUUUUCCUUCGUAUUACAAUGUGCAAUAGUUGCCAUUAUCCCAGGUUCUGGUCAAAAUGUGACCAGAACCUGGGUACUACAAAUCCAUUACAGUACAUAAGUGUGAUAUAUGAUAACCAUUUACAUUGAAAAAAGACAGAAGCCCUUAUGACAAUCUCCUUUUGUAAUUCAAUCGUGUGAAUUGCAAUGAUGCAUAGAUGUUGAAGUGCAUCAUGUUACAGACAGUUGAGAAAGCCGUUGCAAAUGAUAGUAAUUUGUUGCUCUGUUUCCGCACUACUUCAUAUUGUCUAUGUCUCUGUCUUUAGCUUCAGCUUUAUAUCUUAAAGGGAAUAACUCUGGUACUGCAGCUUGAUUGGCCGCAUUGCCAAAAAAGGAAAGCAAGUAAAGUAUUUUAGUUAUAUUGUUUUAUUUUGUAGUAGACUUACAAAAUUGGCAUGUAAACACAGUUGUCAUGUCCAACCAGAUUUGGAAAUUGCUUUGUGGAAUUUCUCUACAAAGAUAUAUUCUGCCUAUUAUUUUGAAUGAUAACCAACUGCUUGUCAGUUGCCAUAUUCUUGUUGCACAUUGUACAUCAUCAAAGCCAUUUCCCCCAUCAAGCUUUAUUUUGUUUUCUUUGUGGAUGUAAUGUAUUAAUUUAAAGAUGUAUGUAACAAACUAUCUUGUCAGAUAGUUGCAAAUUGUUUCUGUGACUAAAAUAAUUGCAUGAACGAUAUGAUGAAAUAUACCAACAGUCUUGGGCUGGCCCGAGGCAUGUAAAUUAACUUUGGUAUACAGUUUUUCAUUGUGGACAUAUGUCAUAAAUAAACACAGGUCAUUAUUAAGAUUGCAGUUAACAAGGAACCGUCAUGCUAUCUGCACUGUAGUCUAAAUAUUACGCUUUAUAUUCUUUUUCAUAAUGAUUGUAAACAAAAUGCCUAAAAUCUAUGUUGGCAGUGAAUUUGUGAAUGUCCAAAAAGGGAAUUCUCAACCUUUUUUAUUAAAAGAAAUAUGUGGAGAAA